AGGGGAGCGUCCGCCGCCGACCGACUCCUGGUGCGGCAUUCGCGCGCCGCAGCGAGUCGCCGCCGCACGUCCGCACGCCCGCACGCCGCACGCCCGCACGCGCUCCGCCGCCGACUGUUCCCCGACCGACAUGGAGCACUUCCGCUGCUGGUGGCUGCUCGGAGGCCUACUGCUGUUCGCGCUGGCGGCAGCGGACGAGCGCUGGGAGCAGGAGACGCAUGCAGUGAGGCGCAGCGAGCGCGGCGCUAAGAGCAGGGGUAUGUGUUGUGUUGUGUUGUGGCAGCACUUCCGCUGCUGGUGGCUGCUCGGAGGCCUACUGCUGUUCGCGCUGGCGGUAGCGGAUGAGCGCUGGGAGCAGGAGACGCAUGCAGUGAGGCGCAGCGAGCGCGGCGCUAAGAGCAGGGGUAUGUGUUGUGUUGUGUUGUGGCAGCACUUCCGCUGCUGGUGGCUGCUCGGAGGCCUACUGCUGUUCGCGCUGGCGGCAGCGGACGAGCGCUGGGAGCAGGAGACGCAUGCAGUGAGGCGCAGCGAGCGCGGCGCUAAGAGCAGGGGUAUGUGUUGUGUUGUGUUGUGGCAGCACUUCCGCUGCUGGUGGCUGCUCGGAGGCCUACUGCUGUUCGCGCUGGCGGCAGCGGAUGAGCGCUGGGAGCAGGAGACGCAUGCAGUGAGGCGCAGCGAGCGCGGCGCUAAGAGCAGGGGUAUGUGUUGUGUUGUGUUGUGGCAGCACUUCCGCUGCUGGUGGCUGCUCGGAGGCCUACUGCUGUUCGCGCUGGCGGCAGCGGACGAGCGCUGGGAGCAGGAGACGCAUGCAGUGAGGCGCAGCGAGCGCGGCGCUAAGAGCAGGGGUAUGUGUUGUGUUGUGUUGUGGCAGCACUUCCGCUGCUGGUGGCUGCUCGGAGGCCUACUGCUGUUCGCGCUGGCGGCAGCGGAUGAGCGCUGGGAGCAGGAGACGCAUGCAGUGAGGCGCAGCGAGCGCGGCGCUAAGAGCAGGGGUAUGUGUUGUGUUGUGUUGUGGCAGCACUUCCGCUGCUGGUGGCUGCUCGGAGGCCUACUGCUGUUCGCGCUGGCGGCAGCGGACGAGCGCUGGGAGCAGGAGACGCAUGCAGUGAGGCGCAGCGAGCGCGGCGCUAAGAGCAGGGGUAUGUGUUGUGUUGUGUUGUGGCAGCACUUCCGCUGCUGGUGGCUGCUCGGAGGCCUACUGCUGUUCGCGCUGGCGGCAGCGGACGAGCGCUGGGAGCAGGAGACGCAUGCAGUGAGGCGCAGCGAGCGCGGCGCUAAGAGCAGGGAGAUCUGCCGUUACGUGCGCGGCGCGUGGUCCGACUGCGACCCGAAGACCAACGUGCGCUCGCGGACCCUCACGCUGAAGAGAGGCGACCCCGCCAGCUGCGAGAGCGCCAAAACCAUUCAGAAGAAGUGCAAGAAAGCUUGUCGCUACGAGAAGUCGUCGUGGAGCGAGUGCGGCCCCUCCGGCGAGAUGUCCCGCACGGACCCCCUCAAGGCCAACAGCGACCCCGCGUGCGAGCAGAGCCGGCGCCUCACCAAGAAGUGCAACAAGAACAAACAGAUCAAAGCCUCUAAAGACAAGGGUAUCUAUAUGUUCUACUUACGCUCUAUGAAGACCGGCGACACUCCGGCGCACGACUCCCCCCGGUCCCGUGACGUGCGCUAACCGACCGACCGACCGACCGAGUCAUUUUCAAAUUAUAAUAUACCAGUAUAAUAACGUAAAAUAAAAAAAGAUAGUUUUA